AUGCAGAUGACACUGCUGCAGGAGCUGGCAGAGAAGAAGGGAAUUGAGGCCUUGUUCAGGUCUCAAAUGUGCUUCAUGAUUCAGGACAUUGAGAAGGCAGCCCUGCUCUCUGAGCAUGUCAAUCUGCUUGUCACUGAGAUAGAACCUGAGACAGCAGACCAGAAAAUGCAGGAUUUUGAGAUACAGAUUAAUCUGGCUGAGAGAGAGUAG